AUGACAGGGAGAAGAAGUGGGGCUUCAACUUUCUUCGAUUCUGAACCAGAGAGGACCCUCCUUAGAUUAAUGAGGGAAGCAAGAGAAAAACGUGCAAUCGGUGCUGAAGAGGAGGAGGAAUACUUUGAACUAAACAUGGAAGGCAACAUGGAAAACCAACAUGAAGAAGAGGCUAAUAACCAUGGGGGAGGAAGUAGAGCAAAUCAUGCUGGGGAGGAUAGAAGAGUUGGCGGCGAUCGCGGAGGAGUGGGGGGCAGCGGCGGUGGUGGGAGAAGAUGGAAAGAAGAAGAAGAAAGAGGGGGUAGGAGGGAGGUGGGUGGUGUGGCGGCGGGUUCUGGGUGGUCGGCGGGUGCGGUGGUGGCCGGUGGUGGGUAG